AUGCUCGAGGACAGCUGCUUGUCGCAGUUUCAACCAUCAUCUGCUCAUCCGACGAAGCAGGAGUGGAUUUCACGACGGGAGAGCUCAGCGGUAAUAGCACAGUGGGAAGCUGAUCUGGAUGUAGAUGAGAGUGUGCUCAGUUACGACUGUUUGCGACUAGGAUUAACUGGUGAAGCGCAAAGAAAAUACAUUGAGUCGGUGUUGAAUAUCUCUAAUGUUACAACCCAAAUUCAUGAGAUAUGGAAUAUACUAGGUCAUGGCUGGGAUUAUGAUGCUGAAAGUCUUCCGAGCGAGGAGGAGUAUCCUAUUUCGAACGGACAUAUCAUGUCUGUGUUGGCGCCGCCCAAGCGCUAA